AUGCACUUCGUGUUGAGUCACUGCCGAACGUACUGUUCACAUGUUGCAAUUUCAGCUAAUUGUCAGAUUGCAAGGUAUGGCCGCCUUGGUCAAAUCGACAAUGCUCGUGAAGUAUUUGAUCGUUUACGGGAAAAGAACAUCGUUUCAUGGAACUCAAUUGUUGCUUGUUAUUUCCAAAACAACCAACCUACUGAAGCACGGAAUCUGUUCGAUCAAAUGCCUGAAAGAAGCACCGUUUCUUGGAACGGUUUGAUUUCUGGGUAUGUGAAGAAUAGGAUGGUAAAUGAAGCCCGAUAUGUGUUUGACCGAAUGCCUGAUAGAAAUGUUGUUUCUUGGACUGCAAUGAUUAGAGGUUAUGUAGAAGAAGGUUUGGUUUCUGAGGCCGAAUCACUUUUUUGGCAGAUGCCUGAAAGGAAUGUUGUGUCAUGGACUGUGAUGUUGGGUGGGCUUAUCCAAGAAAAUCAAAUUGACAAGGCUCGUGGACUUUUUGACAUCAUGCCAGUGAAAGAUGUGGUUGCUUGGACUAGUAUGGUUGGUGGGUAUUGUCAGAAUGGUCGUUUGUCUGAAGCACGCCGACUGUUCGAUGAAAUGCCUGAUAAGAAUGUGAUUUCUUGGACGACCAUGAUUUCAGGUUAUGUCCAGAACGACUGUGUUGAUGUUGCUCGGAAACUCUUUGAGGUAAUGCCCAAGAAAAACGAGGUGUCAUGGACUGCGAUGCUAAUGGGCUACACACAGUGCGGAAGGAUGCAGGAGGCUAUGGAACUUUUCAAUGCCAUGCCGUACAAGUCCGUGGUUUCAUGUAAUGCCAUGAUACUGGGGUUGGGCCAAAUGGGCGAGGUAAGUAAAGCAAGAAUGAUAUUCGAUCAGACGAGUGAGAAAAAUGAUGGAUCAUGGAGUGCAAUGAUAAAAAUUUAUGAAAGAAAAGGCUUUGAAUUAGAAGCUCUAAGAUUAUUUUCCUUGAUGCAAACUGAAGGAGUUCGACCAAAUUUCCCUUCUUUAAUCAGUGUCCUUUCGGUUUGUUCCAGCCUGGCCAGUCUUGAUCACGGUAGACAAAUUCACGCUCAGUUGGUCAAGGCAUUGUUUGAUACCGAUGUGUAUGUUGGUUCAGUACUAAUCACAAUGUACGUAAAAUGUGGUGAUCUUAUUAAGGCUAAGAGCGUAUUUGAUCGAUCUCCCACCAAGGAUACUGUUAUGUGGAAUUCCAUCAUUACAGGUUAUGCACAACAUGGCUUAGGAGAAGAAGCCUUGGAAAUUUUCCACAAAUUGUGUUCUGUCGGCAUUGCUGCAGAUGAUGUCACUUUCAUAGGAGUUCUUUCUGCUUGUAGCUACGCCGGGAAGAUUGAUGAGGGGCUUGAAAUAUUUGAGUCCAUGAAAUCAAAGUAUUUGGUUGAGCCGAAAACCGAACACUAUGCUUGCAUGGUGGAUCUGCUUGGCCGAGCCGGUCGGUUAGAGGAAGCAAUGAAUUUAAUAAAUAAGAUGCCAAUGGAGGCAGAUGCUAUCAUCUGGGGUUCGUUAAUGGGUGCUUGUCGAACCCACUUGAACCUCGAAAUGGCCGAAGUUGCAGCUAAGAAACUUGUAAACUUGGAGCCCAAUAACUCUGGGUCAUAUAUCUUGCUAUCAAACAUAUAUGCUUCAAAGGGUAGAUGGGCUGCAGUUGCAGACGUGCGGAAAACCAUGAGAUCACAUAACGUAAAGAAAUCACCUGGGUGUAGUUGGAUAGUUAUCGAGAAUGAAAUGCAUAUGUUUAGCGGGGGCGAAAGUAGGCCCCAUCCCGAGCAUUCAUUGAUUAUGGGGAUGUUGGAAUAUUUAGGGGGGUUACUGAGAGAAGCUGGUUACAAUCCGGAUGGAAGCUUUGUGCUGCAUGAUGUAGAUGAAGAGGAGAAGGUGCAUAGUUUGGGGUACCAUAGUGAGAAACUGGCAGUGGCAUAUGGACUUUUGAAGGUGCCAGAAAAGAUGGCAAUUCGGAUAAUGAAAAAUCUUCGGGUUUGUGGAGAUUGCCAUUCUGCUUUUAAGUUGAUAUCACAGGUGAUGAGUAGGGAGAUCAUUUUGAGAGAUGCAAAUAGAUUCCAUCAUUUUAAGGAUGGCUUGUGUUCAUGUGGGGAUUAUUGGUGAUCCCCUUGCAGGACUUGUCCUUUAUGUCCAUCUAAAUUUUAGGCUUAUGUCCAUAAAUUUAUGAAUCACAAAGGACAAUCCCAGAAACACAAUUUCUCUCGAGAAGCAGCAGUGAGGUGGAUUUUGAAAUUCAAUUUUCAAUCUAACCAGGCCUAUAAGGAACCAAAUAUGGCAUCUUACCUUACAGAAGUAUACAACUUAUUUGGCAUGUCUUCUCUAGCUUCUUUUACUUGGCAGAGAACAAUGGCCUGCACGACUAGAACGAGGAAACCGAGAGAGUGAAAAACUAAACUAACCCUAUGGAUCGUAGACCAUAGAUAAAUAUACGGGUUUGAGAGGAUAAUACCUUUGGAACAUUUGCCGCAAGAGUCUUCAAAACAGCUUCAACAUAAUCACAUAUUUCUGUGCCAACCAACAAUCUCUUUCCUCUAGAUCUGCAGGUUUCCUCACCAAGUAGAAAUUGAAACUUAAAACUUGAAAUUGAAUGAGAAUAGAUUUUUGUAUGAAAAGUCAAAG